AUGCUUAUGGACGCCCGUGGGGCUUCGCUCGGCUCCCAGAGCAAGAAGCAGCCCGGAAUGGAGGACGCCGGCGGCCUGAUCGGCCCCAGCCUCGCAGUGCUGCGGCUGAUGGGGCUGUGGAGGCCGGCCGCGGCUUCUGGGGGAGCCUGCGGCGGCGCGGCCGCCUCCCUGCCGGGGGCGCUCAGCUGCGUGGCCAUCGGCCUGCUCUCCCUCUGCUGCGCCUCCAAGCUCUUCGUAGACACGCCCACCGAGCUGACGGAGCUCACCGUCUGUGCCUACUUGUUCGUCAUAAUAACCGCUAACUUUGUCAAGGUCAUGAUCGUGGUAUCCUCGAUCGCCUGGCUCUUCGUGACGGUGCCGUUCCGCGUGUUUACGGCUGGAUCGACGAACAUCGACUGGCCAACACCGAUCCCCAUCUGGUUACCCAUCGACAUGCAGCUCUCCCCGACCUAUGAACUCAUCUACCUGGCCCAGGUGCUGUGCGCCGUGGCAACAGCGGGGGCUAUGCUCGGUGUGGACACGCUCUUCUUCCACCUCACGCUAAUGAUUGUCGCCGAGCUGCAGGUUCUCAACAACAAUAUUUCAGUGGUGGGGAGGGUCGCGUCACCCGACGAGAAGGAAGUCGUUUUCAGGGUUAAGAACGCUGGAGAGCAACAGCACAACUUUUCUGACGUCAUUAACAGCGGACAGAAUGAAGGCGGAGUUUCUUUGUCGAACCCCCAAGCAACAAUCACGGAGAAGAACUAUUCUGAUUUAAUUGAAAUUAUACAGCACCACCAAAUUAUAAUCAAGAUGGUCGGCUUGCUGCAGACAAUUAUGGACUAUUCAGUGUCGGUACUGCUUCUCACCAACGUGCUGGAUGUGUGCUUCUUAAUAUUCACCAUGUCCGAGAGCGAGAACUUGGUCCAUGCGGGCUUCAGCUGUGAGUGGUUGGACGCAGACAUCUCCUUCAGGAAGCCGCUCCUCAAGUUCAUGUUAAUGGCGUCACACCCGCUGCAGAUCAAACUGGGCGGCACUGCCAAGCUGUCAAGGUCAACGUUCCUACAGGUUACGGACGCCUACGCUCGCCAUAGGUAUAUCUACUACCGUAAGUCACAAAAUUUACCGUACCGUGGAGUGAAGAUUACAUUUGGAGAAAAAUGUGCCAAAUACAGGUACGCCUACGCUACAGCUAAUCCAGGACACCGUGCCCGACACCAGCCACAACUGGAUCUUCUCUCAACUAAUAUGUCCUAA